AUGGACAGUCGAUAUGCAUCUCUGGAAUCUACAGUAACACAAGUCCAUUUAGACGAAGAAGCAAAGCCAAUUUGGCACGACUCUGACGACUACGAAGAGGUUGUGGUCCAGGAGGAGCCUGAGUGGCUCAAAAAGAGGCGCCAAGCCGUCAAGGAAGGGAGGCAGGACUCUGUGGAGUUUGGCGGAAAACUCACUAGGCUCAAGCCGAGCAAAUCAAAGAGCGGCAUAAGGUUCAAGAUUACGAAACAAGCUGGUCAUAAGGAGCCAAUUGCUUUGAGUCACGGAAUUAAAAGUCUCGUAUUCGACAAGGAUGGAAGGCACCUUGCAGCAAUCGCUUCUGGCGUAAAGCUCUACACUGUGGACGAAUCUAAAAGCGGCGCUAAAUUUGUUCUAAAGAAUCAGGUCGUCGAUGUAAAAUUCCAAGACUAUAAAAUCGCAAGUUUGGCAUUUAACGAGCAUGACAAGGGGAUACUCAUGAUAGGAAAGGGAAAGAAGCUGCUAAACUACGACAUACACAAAGAGUAG